AUGAGGGACAGGAGCCCUCUCAGCCCAUCCCAUUCGCUCGAGGGACAGGAGCCCUCUCAGCCCAUUCCAUUCCAUGAGGGACAGGAGCCCGCACAGCCCAUUCCCAUUCCGAGCCCGCAGCCCAUUCCCAUUCUUAGGCAGGAGCCCUCAGCCCAUUCCCAUUCCGGUCGAGGACAGGAGCCCGCUCAGCUCAUUCCCAUUCCGGUCGAGGGACAGGAGCCCGCUCAGCCCAUUCCAAUUCCGGUCGAGGGACAGGAGCCCGCUCAGCCCAUUCCAUUCCGGUCGAGGACAGGAGCCGCUCAGCCCAUUCCCAUUCCGGUCGAGGGACAGAGCCCUCUCAGCCCAUUCCCAUUCCCAUGA